AUGUCUCUUCUCCGUUCUCCUCUUAUUUCUAGAGCUAUAACCCGUUCCUAUGCCACAGCCCACGCGUCAGCGAAAAGUCCCACAGCCAUUGUUAUGCUUAACAUGGGGGGUCCGUCUACUGUCGAGGAAACCCACGACUUUCUCAAAAACCUCUUCAUGGACGGCGACCUCAUCCCACUUCCUUUCCAACGCUUCCUUGCUCCGUGGAUUGCGCGAAGGCGCACACCUCAGAUAGAGAAACAAUAUGCCGAAAUCGGAGGCGGUUCUCCUAUUCUUCAUUAUACCCAGUUGCAAGGUGACGGGAUGGCUCAACUUCUCGAUGAGCUCCAUCCGGAGACGGCUCCGCACAAGGCAUAUGUUGCUUUCCGGUACGCGCGUCCUCUGACAGAGGUGACUGCUCAUCAGAUGAAAAAGGAUGGCGUGAAGAGAGCUAUUGCUUUUACGCAGUACCCACAGUACAGCUGCAGCACCACCGGAAGCAGUCUCAACGAGCUGUAUCGCAAGCGCAAAGAGACUGGCCUGGAUAGUAUCGAAUGGAGUGUCAUAGACCGAUGGGGUACUCAUCCAGGUUUCAUUGAGGCUGUUGCGCAGAAUAUUGAGGCUGCACUGGCUAAAUUUCCAGAGAACAAGCGUGCCGAAACUGUAUUGCUGUUUUCCGCACACUCUUUGCCUAUGUCUGUCGUCAACCGCGGAGAUCCCUACGUGUUAGAAGUCUCCGCGUCCGUCGCAGCGGUGAUGGAAAGGUUGGGCCACUCAAAUCCUUACCGGCUGGUGUGGCAAUCACAAGUUGGACCAUCAGCAUGGAUGGGUAUGCAAACCGGUGAGGCUUUGAAGGGGCUUGCGCGGCUGGGAAAGAAGCAAGUGGUGCUUGUCCCAAUUGCGUUUACGAGCGACCAUAUCGAGACGCUGUAUGAACUUGACCUAGAAUACGCCAAGGAGGCCAAAGAGCAUGGUAUCGAAGUCCACCGAGCAGAAUCAUUGAAUGAUUCGCCUGUAUUCAUUCGCGCUCUCGCCGACAUUGCAACACAGCAUCUCCGAGACUGUGCCUCGGGGAAGGGACCCACAAGUAUUCAACUGGGACUUCGAUGUCCAGGAUGUACUAACGCAACAUGCGGUCAGCAAAAAGCUUGGUUCAAGCGAAGCGGGAGAUAA